UGUGUGGGUGUGGGGGCGUGAGCUCACUCUUGCCACAGCUGAAAAACAAUUGGUUAGGGAUGCACUAACAGGACUGUCUCUAAAGAUGGCGGUGAGCGUGGCGAGACUGUGUCGAAGGCUGGUCCAGAGAGUGUGCACCCAAGAAAUGCUGCUGGAGACACAAGCAAGGAAUGUGACUUCCUCCUGAGACCUGCUCAUCAUCCCAUAGACCACGACUACCUCGAGGGACCUUCCUCUUAGGAUUUUGAUGUCAUCUGCCUAAAACUUUUGCAGAGCGCAGACAAAUACUUUUUCCACUAAAUAAGAUAAUAUUUCAUUUUGGCAUCCUAUAAUCAUCCUGGUUGCAGUCUUAGCUGUUUUCCCCUGGGGAUCCCAAGCCACAUUUGUUACCAUUGUUAUUUUUGUGUACUCCUCACUCCAAAAUGAUUGACUUAAGCUUCUUGACAGAGGAGGAACAAGAUGCUAUUUUAAAGGUUCUGCAACGGGAUGCUGCCCUGAAGAGGGCUGAAGAGGAGAGGGUCAGACACUUGCCUGAAAAAAUUAAGGAUGACAAACAGCUAAAGAAUAUGAGUGGCCAGUGGUUUUAUGAAGCCAAGGCAAAAAGACACCGGGACAAGAUCCAUGGCGCUGACAUCAUCAGAGCAUCCAUGCGAAGGAAGAGGCUCCCCGUGGCAGCUGAGCAGAAUAAGGACACAGCAAUGAGGGCAAAGGAGAGCUGGGUAAAUAAUGUCAACAAAGAUGCUUUCCUUCCCCCAGAUCUAGCUGUUGUGGAAGAGCCAGAAGACGACACAGCUCCAGCAGGACCAAGUUCCAGCGUGGCGGAUCCAGCUUCCAGCAUGAUUGAUACGUCCCAGGAAAACACAAGGAAUCCAGCUGUCUCUCUGCCCAAGCAGAGGAAGAAUCCAUUUAACAGCUCCACACUGCCAGAAGAUCACUCAUCACAACAGACCAAAAACGAGCAGUCAAAAACUGGAAAAGCUGGUUUAUUUCAGAUUUCAAAAGAGGGUGGACUGUCAGAAUCAAAAGAAAAGCCAUCUAUCCCGUAUAUCUCAAGUCAAAAGUUAGAGAAACUAAAGCAACCUGCAUCCUUAGAGCCUGAAAAUGGGUCUCAAGUCAAAGCUCCAAUCCCCAAGGCCAGAAGACUGAUCUACAAAUCAAACGACUUAAAGAAAGAAGAUAACCAGUCUUUCCCUAGACAGAGCACUGACUCCCUGAAUGCCAAAGCAGCUCCAAGAGGGAUCCUGAAGCGCAACUCCAGUUCCAGCAGUACAGACUCGGAAACUCUCCGUCUAAAUUACAGCUUUGAUCCAAAAAACAAAAUCAUAUCACCUGGCCUAACCAUUCAUGAAAGAAUUUCCGAGAAGGACCAUUCUUUAGAAGAUGACUCUUCCCCAAGCUCGCUGGAGCCAUUGAAGCAUGUGAGAUUCUCUGCUGUGAAGGACGAACUCCCACAGAGCCCUAGACCUGCCCUUGGCCAGGAAGUCAGAGAAUUUACUGUUUUAGAAUCUGGCAGGCUGCAAAAUGGAACAGAAGAUGCGGGGGAUACAGACGAGUGUCAGGAUCACCCAAAGCCCUCCCACAGAAUACCUAUAUCUCUUUAUCAGUCAGUGUCAAGCCCAAGUGUUUCAGAAAGGGAAACACGCCAGCCGGAGCCUUCUGGGUCUGUUCCGAGUGAUGGGAUCCCUUGCCAGUCAGACAUUGGACCCACAAGACCACAGUCUGUUGAGAGUUCAUCCAUCAUCAAUGAAUACCAAGAUAAAUCAUCAAGUUUAACAAAACCUGAAUCAGAAUUGUCCAAGAGCCCUGCGGAUGAACUGACUCCGUGUGUUGAGCCUGAGCCGUUUCAGACGUCAGAUCACAGUUUUAGAGACCAUCAGCAAGGUAAGCCCUUUCUCGCGGCUCUCGGUGCUCAGACACCCUCACACACGGUCCCAUGUGCUGCUGAGAUAAGAAAGACAACUGACGAUUCCAUAUCCAAAGUCCUAGACUGGUUUAACCGAAGUUCUCCUACAGAGGACAAUGUAUCAGCUCUCCAACAUCUCCAAGAAAUAGAUCUCGGGCAGCAAACAGACUCAAAGUCACAGAUGACUGUCGCCUUGAUGACAGACAGCGCCUGCCUAAAAGAAAACGACUCAGACGUCCCACCGUCCACUAAAAUUAAGUGGAGGCCUGUGAGGGCUGGUUCUACAGUCCAAGAAGAGGGAGAUAUGCUGGUUUCUGAAACUUGCCACGACAGUGAUGCACUUCUCAAAUCUAACUCAGAGAAUUUGUCCCAACAAGGCACCCCCAAGGAAGGUCCAGAUACACUGCAACCAUUUGAAAGCUACAGAAUCCCAGGUCACAGGAGUGAAAACAUAGAGUGUGGCCAAGGUUCAGAGAGUACAGCAGAAGGAGGAGGGAUGCUUCCUGCAGACAGUAACUACCUGCUCAGGGCUCUGAAAAGAUCUGAUUCAGAAGCCCAAGCCCCAUGGGACACUAAACAUAUCAGCAGCUUAGGGGAAGAGGAACCCAAAGUUCAUGUGCUUCAGAAAAGUCAGGGGAACACACAUCUGAAUGUCGACUCCUCAGCGAUUGCUCUAGGAUCUGAUUUGAAAGACGAUAUGGAGAGGAAGAGCAAAACCAGAAAUACUUCCCUUGUAAAACCUCGCCUAACAACAGAGAAUAGUGAGUUCCCACUUGGGGCUGCGGACAGUGGAUCAUCUUGGAAGAAGCCCAAGGGCCCAGAAGAAGCCACUGAGGAUCCCCAACACCAAGUGCUGAGGGAAAAAUACAAGCCAGUGAGUGACAGAAUAUCCUUUUGGGAAGGAGGAAAAGCUGGCGCUAAGUUAAAGGUGCGUGAACUCACAUCUUCUUGUAGCCAGGAGCCAUCUUCUGCUAGAACACAGCAGCCCGUGGAGUCGCAGGUCAUGUCUCCAGGUGGUUUGUCUUCAGGCCAGAGUGACUACAGUCGAGUCACUGCUAAACUAGUGGUCCUUGAUGAGGAUGACCAAACGCCCCAUCUCUCCAGUCUUUAUUCCUCAAAUAAACCCACAACAACCAAACAUUCAACAUCAGGUCCAUCCAAAAACCAUCCUUCAGCUAACCAAUCGGAUAAAGUGUCUCUGCUCCUUCAAACUACUGGGAAUGAAGCGCACCCUUCUUUGGAGAAAGAUAGAUCUGUAAUUGAUAAAUCAAAUGUCAGCUUUAAAGUUCUGUCCCUAAGAGAAAGGAUGGAAGGACCCAAUACAGAGCAAGUCUAUAAUCACUCUCAGUUUGAGAAUUUGAGAAAGUUUUGGGGCCUGGGAGCUAAUGUAAACAGAAAAGAUAAUGAUGACAAUAUCACUGCAGCAAACAAACAAAACUCUGUGCUAUAUAAUAGCCAGAAAUCCAAGGAGUUUAACAGCAUGAAAUUAUCAAGAGAAAAUACCCACGAAGUAGAAAAAGGAAGACAUUUAAGACAGGGAAAUGUUAUGGCAGUGGAAGAGAUGGAGAAAUUAAACUCAAAGUGCGCACCUCAAGUGCCACCAGAUGAAACCACAUUUCCACGAAAACCACCCAGGAAGUUCACUUAUCAGUUGGUAGGAAAUGAGCCUUCAAAGGAAAAUGUAGGAAAAAGUACAGAAUGUUUUGUUACUCCAGUGACUAAAAAGCCUUGUUCAGAUCAAGAGAUUCAAGAAUCCAUAGUGAAAACAAGCAUUUUGCCUGAAGUCUCCAAAGACACCUUCAAUGACAGGUUACAGAAGUUGCUGGCAGAAGCUGUGUCACCAGCAAGCCAGACUUCUGGCAAGAAAGUUCAUGGACAGCAAGCACUCAGGGGAGGUGUUUCUGAAAAUAGGACAUGGUCUCAAAAGAAAAGCUUUGCUGAGGAAGAGGAAGGUGUUACAGGGCCCAAGAAGAGCCCCAGUGAACCCCAAAGAAGAGUUCAACAGGACUCUAGUGUGGACAGAUUCCUGCAGGAAGCGGCUAGAACUCCAUUGCAGUCCACUCUGGAACCUGUCACUACUGGACCCACCUCCCCGUUUAAAGAUGACAGAUUGUUUGAAAGGCAGGUAAAAGAGAAUCACCGUCCUUCAGCAGACCAGAGAGUGACAACAGCUUCUUUUCCCCAGGGUGUUGAAAUUUGUACAGCCCUCACCCACAAGGAUGAACAUGGGAACACAGAAGGUAUGCUUCGGUCGGCUGCAGAAUGGUCUCCUUCACUGGCUCAGCCUUGCCAUUCUUCGGAGGGAGUUUCCAGUUCUCCAGUAGAUAUGUCUUUAUCUUGGGAUGCUCCUCUUGGAUCCCAGGAUGCCUCAUUGCCUUCUCAGCGUGAAAUUUCAGAGGCUGUAGAGAAAGUUGUUCUUGCCUCCAAACCAGCAAUGAUGGAUGUAAAUGCUGUGUUACAGAGGCUACUUAGAGAAGCCGGAGACACCAAAGCCCAACUUCCUGAAAGAGUGCAAACACCAUAUGGACCUUCCUGUCCUCAGGGAGUGAGCCCCCUGUGGGCUGCUGCAGAUGCUGUUGUUCCAAAUACGGACUUCCAUUCCUUUUGCACAGUUCCUGAUACAACUCAUGAAGACAGAUCUUACUUGUCCUCUGGAAUGUCACCAUCAGCACACAUCAUUAGUUCACCUGCUUCUACUGUCACUCCUUAUGCCCAAGAGCUACUUCAGGAAGUGGCAGAGAGUGUGAGGGAAACGGUUAUUCAGCCCAAGUUAGAGUGCCCUGAAUUUAGGGCUGGCUUAGAAAAACUAUUGAAGGAAACACUAGAAACUUCCCUGUCAAAAGAUGAAAAGGAUACAGUGAGUAUUUCUCCAUCAGCUAUAACAGGUAGUGGUGAGAUGUCCCAGCAACUUGCUUCUGAAUUCCAUUCUACAGAAAUACAAGAAACCGUAGAGCGGGCCAAGGUUCCAUCAGCAACGGAGAGUACUUUUGAUGUUGGCUUUGAGAAACUUCUUAAAGAGAUAUCUGAAGGGCUUUGUCAGCUGCCGCUCUCAGUGGAAGGAGACACUUUGGAGAAAUGGCCUUCACAGUCAGAGCAAGCCAAGUGCUUGGGAGAAAUACCCCAUCUUUCUUGGGAUGCCUCAGGAGCCUCUAGAAUGAAGGUUAAGUGUACUGGCUUGAAAUCUCAAGUCAACGAGUGUGAUCAACUAUUAGGAGGUCAUGAAGCUGUGGCUGGCCCAUCAAUAGAUGCUCAGGGUCACACAAGUGGCUUUGGGGUCCCUGAACAUUUGCAACUUUAUGAAGACCGGGAAAUGAAGACCAUUGAAACUGCACGAUUUGUAGAGGGCAGGGAUGGAGAAGGAGUUAUUGUAGGAGGAACCCAGGCCCCUCAGGAACCGGGUUUUGAAGAAGCUUCAAAAGAAAUGGGUGUGUCCAGAAAUAAGCAAUCCACUGCGCUCCUGGGAACAAAAGGAAACCGUACAAAAAUGAGCAAAGUUAAACUUAUGCUAGCAGCACCGCAUAAGAGACAAGAGGAAGAGCACGGACUAGAGGCAUGCCCUGAAUCUGAGUUUUCAGAUGGGAACACCAGUUCUAACGGGGAGAGCUGGAGAAAUACCUCCAGUUCAGAAGAAGAACACAGUCCAGUUCUGAAAACUCUGGAAAGGAGUGCUGCUAGGAAAAUGCCUUGCAAAAGUCUACAAGACAUUUCAUCAGACCCAUCAAAUCAAGCAAAAGUAGAUAAUCUGCCUGAAGACUUAGUACGUAGUGCUGAAGAUGAUCAGAAAGCGGACCAGGAGCCAGAUACAAAUGAGUGUGUACCAGGAAUUUCCACAGUGCCUUCACUGCCUGAUAAUCAGUUUUCCCACCCUGACAAACUCAAAAGGAUGAGCAAGUCCGUUCCAGCAUUUCUUCAAGAUGAGAGUGAUGACAGAGAAACAGAUACAGCAUCAGAGAGCAGCUACCAGCUCAGGCGACACAAGAAGAGCCCCAGCUCGUUAACCAAUCUUAGCAGCUCCUCUGGCAUGACGUCCUUGUCCUCUGUGAGUGGCAGUGUGAUGAGCGUUUACAGCGGAGACUUUGGCAACCUGGAGGUAAAAGGAAGCGUUCAGUUUGCGGUCGACUACGUGGAGUCCCUGAAGGAGCUGCACGUUUUCGUGGCCCAGUGUAAGGACUUAGCAGCCGCGGAUGCGAAAAAGCAGCGCUCAGACCCAUAUGUAAAGACCUAUCUGUUACCAGACAAAGGCAAAAUGGGCAAGAAGAAAACACUCGUGGUGAAGAAGACCCUGAAUCCUGUGUACAACGAGAUAUUACGGUAUAAAAUCGAAAGGCAGCUCUUAAGGACGCAGAAGUUGAACCUGUCCGUUUGGCACCGAGAUACGUUCAAGCGCAACAGCUUUCUGGGGGAGGUGGAACUUGACUUGGAAUCAUGGGAUUGGGAGAGCAAACAGAACAGAGAGCUGAAAUGGUACCCGCUGAAGAGGAAGACAGCACCAGUUGCACUUGAGACAGAAAACAGAGGUGAAAUGAAGCUAGCCCUCCAGUAUGUUCCAGAGCCAAGCCCUGGCAAAAAGCCUCCUACAACCGGAGAAGUCCACAUCUGGGUGAAGGAAUGCCUUGACCUCCCACUGCUGAGGGGGAGCCACCUAAAUUCUUUCGUUAAAUGUACCAUCCUUCCAGAUACCAGUAGGAAAAGUCGCCAGAAGACUAGAGCUGUAGGGAAAACCACCAACCCCGUCUUCAAUCAUACCAUGGUGUACGACGGGUUUAGGCCUGAAGAUCUGACAGAAGCCUGUGUAGAACUCACAGUCUGGGACCAUUAUAAACUAACCAACCAGUUUCUGGGAGGGCUCCGGAUCGGCUUUGGAACAGGCAAAAGCUAUGGGACUGAAGUAGAGUGGAUGGAUUCUACCUCUGAGGAAGUUGCUCUCUGGGAGAAGAUGGUCAAUUCUCCCAACACUUGGGUUGAAGCAACAUUACCCCUCAGGAUGCUUCUGAUUGCCAAGAUUUCCAAGUGAGCCUCGUCGGCCCGUUCCACCACCGGUCACUCCCGAGGUGGAUCUGAGCUUGAGAGUCCUGACUGCUUGGACAAAUGUCCCCUGCUGUCACUAGUGACUACUCAGCAUGCAUGCCCAAGUUAAUCUGUAUGCAUUUAUUUCUUCGACUGCACGGCUCAAGAGAGUUAAACAGGGACAAGAGGUAUGCCCAGUAAGAUGUGCAAUACCACCCUUCCAGAAGAUUGUUGAACAGGCUAGGAAAACGGAGCCGUUGCUGCCACACCAAAGAAACAUGCUUCACGCCACGAACGUGUGUUGCUGUUCAGGCCUGCCAUUCAGUUAAAAUGUUCGCCGGGCGUCUAAAUAGGAAGGUUGCUGGCCAAGUGACGACCCGGAUGGCUUGGAGAGAGAACAGCAGCAGUGAUGACGGACAACUACAUAAUACGACAACUACUUACUUGGUAACCUCUAAUAGAACAUCGAAUUCCAUCCUAGGGCAGUAAGACUGACUUCACUGCCCAUAAAUCUGCCUUGGGAACACCCCGCCCCCUCGCCAGCCCACCGUCUCCGUCUCAAAUGGACUUUGGUGCCACCUACUGGCUGCAUGUGGAAUUCAGCUCUUGGCUUAUUUUUGCUUAAUUUGUGCUAAAAUGGAUGAUGGCAAGUCUGUAUUUUAUAAGAGUUUGCUAAAACAUUGCACAUAAUUGAUGUUUUUCUUAUAAUUUUAGUGUGUGGAAACAGCAUAAAAUUAGUCACCAAUAUGCUUUGCUGCAAAGAUUUAAUUAGCAUAUAAAUUGUUCAAUUUAAUUGUACU